UUUCUCCCGUCCAUUGAUGGCCAUCAAAGCGUGUAACUGCGUUGUUAACUUCGCCACGCUCUUUUGAACUCCUUUCAUCGCAUGACGUUUCGACUUUUUUUUUUCAAUUCUACCUUUCCUCAGAGCUAUUUCGGGAUUGGUCCACACUUCAUCGACUCAGAACUUAAAACAAAAGACCAUUACUUCAACGCAUCUCUCAUUGGCUCUCUGCAAACUCUCCGAGAAUCCUCUUUCAGCAUCUCUCCCCUUUUACGACAAUCAAGGUGCGAACACAAUUCAAUAAAAGCUCUGUAUACUCAAUGCAAACUACAAAGAUCUUUCAUCCAAAAACUGCCGUAAUACUCUUUCUUUGUUGUCUAUUAUCCGACUUUGGUGGAUAAAUAUAAAAGAGAUAACAGCAGAUUAGAGUUUCGUAAAUAAACGGGGAAAGAAAGAAAAGAUUUUUUCGACCGGUGCACCUAUUGUGGAACUGUGGAGGGAAGCAGAUGGUUUGAUUCCACCAAUAGGAGGAGGGCGUGACGGAGAAAUAGACCAAUGAGAAUUUGUGUGGGAAUUCGCAAGAUGCGAGCAUUCCCUCCCUUUUGAAUGUAUCCCCCGUGUAUCUAUCUGAAGAACAUCGUGGGGAAAUCGGAAAAGUCAAAAGAGACUGAUCCGGCUCCGGGGAAACACGUGGGAAAUUGUGUCUCCACUGUUGAUCGAACUUGAUUGCGAAAACUUUGCGAACUGGAUUUGUUUGAACUCUUUCCAGAUUGUUUGCUUGAGCUUGAAUGACAAUUGAACUUAAUUGAUUGAUUGUUUUUGCAACACUAUAUCAAAACGGACAUACAUUUAAUUCAGUGUUUCAUUCCUCAACUUUUGUUCGAGCAAAGUUUUCAACCGAUAUUUCACACUUCUUCAGAUUUCUCUGAAAAUUGAAUUGUUGAUUUUUAAUAUUGGAUGAAUAAUCUAUUCAAAAUGGGUCAAAUUACAGUUGUGAAGUAGAAGAAAACAGCACUGGUUCGUAUUCAAGCACUAAAAUAUAUUGCCUAAUAUGUCUAAAGACUGUUAGACGUCUAUUGCUUUUUCUCGUCUACUGCAAAGCAAAAAUAUCUUUUAUUGAACGAUGUCUUGCAAAAACACUGGCGAUCACGUUAAGAGGCCAAUGAACGCUUUCAUGGUAUGGUCUCGUGGACAGCGACGCAAACUUGCGCAAGAAAAUCCAAAGAUGCACAAUUCAGAAAUAUCUAAACGCUUAGGAGCUGAAUGGAAGCUCCUAUCUGAAGCUGAGAAACGCCCUUUUAUUGAUGAAGCAAAGAGACUGAGAGCUCUGCACAUGAAAGAGCAUCCUGAUUAUAAAUACCGGCCCAGAAGGAAACCAAAACCGUUGGUAAAGAAAGAGUCACCCUAUCUUCCCAUGGGUAUGACUCAUUCCUUUCCACCUCCUCUUGAACCUCUAACAUCCCGGUACCCACAUCUUGCGCAUCAUGCUUUAGAAAGUGAGAAGGCAGUGACCGCUAGAACUUUUCCACUCGCCCCCUUACCUUACGUUUAUAGCUCCAUGGACAGUGGCUUGAGCAAGAUUCGAUCCGAUCUUGGAUUAGUGAAACAUAGGGACUUGACCGAGGGACCUAUGGUGCCUCCACCUCCUCCUACAACUCUGUACAGCACAGCUAGUUCCCUACUGACUUCGUUGUCGCAGUCACAUGCUGCCGCUUUCGGACCACCCUAUAGCCUAUGUGGCUGUGGACCUCCGACGUACUUUCCCACACCAGGGCCUUUGCCCUCCCAUCACGAACUUAGACCUCCCUUUACGUACCUAUUUGUGAAGCCAGAAGAUAGAUAUCACCGGCAUUCUAGUCCCCCAACAUUGCCACCAAGUCCUAUAGUAUAGUGGUAAAUAUGAUGACUUUUUUUUUCUGUGACUAAUAACUUAUUAGACCUCUUUCUUUCCUUGUUAUUUUCUAGACAUUAGAAAAUGAGGUUGUUUUUGUGAUUGAAUGAGUAAUAAGCAAGCACCGCAGUAGAUUUAUUCAUUAUUGUUUAUAUUUUUUUUAAUCAUUCUUUAACCUUUUGCUUACGGUGCACCGUGUUGUAUCAUCACAUGUGGUCCACAUGUUGUACCAGCCGUAAGAAAAAGGUUAAAAUUUAUAAAAUGUCUUGUACUUAAAAUAGAAAUAUGCCUGAAACCUUAAAGUUCUUAUAUAGAUGUUCACUUGAUAGCUGCUUACAUUUGUAUUCAUAUAUCACAGUAAUCACAUGUACUUGAUUAGAGUAAAAAAAGAGAAAAAAAUUGAGAAUUACGAGCUUAACUCUAUUUGGUUUUAUUUAUUUGAUUCAAACUAAAGCUCCUCUGGAUAUUUUAAAUAUUGUCUUAUCUGAACUUUUAUAAAUGUUUGUUUCAAAAUAAUAUAUUCCAUUGAAUAAAGGAUAAUUGUGUGAUCAAUUUUGCUAGAUAGAUGCGAAAUACUGAAAAUAGUUAAUUAUAAAAAAGCAAUUUAAUGAUCAUUUUUAAAUAUUGUAUUGAUAAAUAUAUUUAUUUUUAUUAAUAAAAAUGAUAAUUAUAAAGUUUUAAGCUUCUUGUAUUUUCAAAAUGUAUUCAAAGAUUAUAAUUCAUUAUAGACUCAGAAGCUGUAAUUUUUUCAGCAGUAUAAACUGCAUGUAUUUUUUCAUUCAUUAUUUCAAUAAUAGAAGUAUACAUUCAUUUUUCAAAUUAUAUGAUUAUCAUAAUAAUUUGAACUCUAAUUCUUUCUUAAAAAUUUUAAUGAUUCAAGUUUUAGUUUAAUGAUUCAAGUGCGAAACUUGACUUGUGUACUUAAAAUACUUGAAAAUCCUUAAUUGUUUCUUCAUUUUUUUCAAAUCUUGAAUUAUUUUAACAUUAUUUUUUUUUUUUGUAAUUCUGGAAGCAGUUAAAUCAAGGAGAUAUUUUUCAAAGGAAAAGUACACGGAGAAAAAAAUUUUGGUCAAAUUAUUGUGCUAUAUAAUAAUGGCAUUUCUGGUUAAAAAAAAUGUAUAUAUACGUAUAUUGGUAAUAAAAUCCAAACUAUACGGUAUUUAUACCAUUUCCAUGCAUAUCCAUUUAUCAAAAAUCCUAGUUUUCAAAAUUAUAAUUUUUAAUAACUCACAUUUAUCAAGAAAUACAAAACUGAAAAGUAAACCUAA